AUGGACUAUACACACCACUCAAAUACAGCCCGUUUCAGCAAACAAGCCGAACAAAGUGCUGCAGUAUCUGUCCAAAACCUAACACACUGGGAACCCGCCAUCGAUGAAGUCCACACAUGGCCCGAAUAUUCCCCACAGCCGCUUCACUCCCUCCCCAAUCUCGCCUCCCAGAUUGGAAUCGGGAAACUACUUCUCAAAGAUGAGAGCAGACGAUUCGGCCCUUCGCUUGCAUCGUUCAAAAUGCUCGGUGCCCCGUACGCCGUCUACAGGAUCCUGGCAGAAGAAGUAUAUAAACAGACUGGAGGCGCAGUGCGUCCGUCCUCUACUGAGCUACGAUCUGGAACGUAUCGGCACAUCACGGAACAAGUGACUGUCUGUGUAGCUACGGAUGGGAACCAGGGCAGGGGCCUUGCGUACGGAGCACAGAUAUUCGGUUGUCGGUGUGUGGACUAUAUCCACGCGCAUGUGAGCACCGGUCGUGCGCGCAGGAUGAAGGAGCUAGGCGCCAUUGUUAUCCGCAUUAAUGGGGAGUACGAGCAAUCGGUUCAAAGGGCUAAAGAAGAUGCAGGCCUGAAUGGCUGGUACUUUGUGAGCAGCACGUCCUGGGAUGAUUUUGACAGUACGAUCCCGCGCGAUGUGAUGAAUGCGUACAUGGUCGUGGUGGACGAGGUGCUGUCCGCUCUGGAGUCAUCGCUGAGGAGCAUCACGCAUGCUUUUGUCUGUGGGGGUGUGGGGAGUAUUGCAGCGGCUGUUUUUCUGGGGAUUGCUAUGCUUUGGUGGGAGGUGCAGGGGGGUAAUAAAGACAUGCCACGGUUCGUCGUGGUUGAGCCCAUAGAGGCAGAUUGUCUGCUGCAGAGUGCUAUACGAGGAGUACCGCGCGAAUCCCAGGGUAGUCUCCAGACACUGAUGGCAGGCCUUGCCUGUCGGACGCCAUCGCCGGCGGCAUGGAAGAUCCUCUCUUGGCUGGCGAGUGAUUUCAUCUCCGUGCCUGAUUCGUUUGCGGUCGAUGGUAUGAGCGCGCUGGCGAGGGGCAGCGGGGGCGAUGUGCCUGUUGUCUGCGGUGAAUCAUCUGCUGCAAGUAUGGGAAUCCUGCUGAGGGCUGGCCAUGACGGUUUACUACGAGAGAAGCUGGGACUGACAGCCGAUAGCCAGGUAUUGUUGUUCGGACUCGAGGGUGCCACGGAUCCUGAGAUAUACGAGAAGAUUGUUGGCAUGAAACCAGAGACUGUGUUCGAUGAGCAGAAAGGGGCUGGCACGCUGUAUAUAUGA